CUCCUCGCAUUUUCUCAUUCUCUCUCUAGAAUCUCAGAACAAUUCUCUCUCCUCCAAGCUCUGGGUUCCUUCUUCCCCUUUGUUUUCUGUUUUCAGUACCUCUCUAAAUUGGGAAAAAUCGAUUAGAUAAUUCCUCUAAAAGGUAUGACUUUUUAGUAAAAUCAAACCCACUAAGGAAAACCAGAGAGAGUUUCUGGGCAUUUUAUUGAUUUUCAAUUGCAGGUCAAAGUUCAGAUUUUUUUUACCCUCUGGAUUGCUGGGAGCUUCUUGUAAGAGGUGGCCAUUGAAAGACAAAGACUGCUGUUGAUUUGUCUCAUCAUUCUGUUUUCUUGAGGCACACGUUUCAAUCAAGUGAAUGAAUUUGAUAAAUCUCGGCGAUAUCUCUGGAUUUUUUCCAAGAUGGAAUCUGUGAAACCAUCAGCAGUUACUCAAUCAAAGAGUAAAUUGGCACGUGCCUUUGCGAAAGUUCUUCACCUCCAUGCAGUAGCAGCAGCAGGGGUUGCUCCUGAUGAUGGGGUUCAGAAGGUUAAGCCCGAAGGAGAGGUGAAGGAUGACCAGGUUGCCGAUAAAACUGCUGAGUCCUUGUCUAAGACAUUUGACAAACUUGAUAAAGAGCUUGAAAGGGUGACCUUGGAAGCACUUGUUGCGAAACUCUUUGCUACCAUUUCAGCAGUUAAGGCAGCAUAUGCCCAGUUGCAGUAUGCCCAGUCCCCCUAUGAUGCCGAUGGGAUUCAGGCUGCUGACAAAUUGAUAGUUUCAGAGUUGAAGACUUUGUCAGAGUUGAAGCAGUGUUUCUUGAAGAAACUAUAUGAUCCUUCACCAGAGCAUACAAUUCUUUUAGCUGAAAUUCAGGAGCAGAAAAGUCUCCUAAAGACGUUUGAAAUUAUGGGGAAGAAGUUAGAAUCUCAGCUGAAGCUCAAGGAUUCUGAGGUCAUAUUCCUUAAAGAGAAGUUGGAAGAAGCCAAUAAGCAGAACAGGUUGCUGGAAAAGAGACAAAGUCAAAGUGGUCAAUUAUCUGUGCUUGAAAAUCUUCACAUCUCAGGAUUAAAUCCAAGCCAUUUCCUUACUCUUCUUCAAUAUACUGUCAGGUCCAUGCAAAGUUUUGUGAGGGUGAUGAUUGAUGAGAUUAAGUCUGCUGAUUGGGAUACUGAUGCUGCAGCUAGUUCAAUAGAACAAGAUGUGGUUUACUGGAAAGCAGAUGAUAAAUGUUUUACAUUCCAGUCCUUUGUUUGCAGGGAGAUGUUCAGUGACUUCCAUUACCCUUUCUUCUCUCUUCGAAGUGACUCUUCCUCCGAGAAAAAGAAAUGGCGACAAGUAUUCUUUGAGAGAUUCAAUGAAUUUAAGUCCAUGAAAGUGAAGGAAUACCUUGCCAUGAAGCCCAGAUCAACAUUUGCAAAAUUUUGCCGUAUCAAGUAUUUGAGACUUGUUCACCCGAAGAUGGAGGCAUCGUUUUAUGGCAACUUGAGCAUCAGAAACAAGGUGACAUCUUAUCAAUUUCCAGACUCAAGCUUCUUCGCCUCAUUUGCUGAAAUGGCUAGGCGAGUUUGGCUCCUGCACUGUUUAGCGUUUGCUUUUGAGACUGAGGCAUCAAUCUUCCAAGUAUCCAAGGGGUGUAGAUUCUCUGAAGUAUACAUGGAAAGUGUAGCAGAUGAAGCAUUCCUUUCAACCAACCUCCCUCUGGAAUCCGAGCCACAAGUGGCGUUCACUGUUGUUCCCGGAUUCAGAAUUGGUAAAACAAUCAUACAAUGCCAGGUCUAUCUCUCCCACUUCCAUUCCAAGGUAAACCAUUAAUCAUACAUCAGAGAUAGUUAUUCACUCCCACCACAAAUUGAGCUGGAUGCCAUUUAUCUUGAUUUUUUGAGUAAAUUAGAUGAGAGAAAAUGGUUUGCCUCGUUGAUAUGUGUGUUGUGGGGAGCUGAAAGAAGGUUACCCAGGCAUCUUUGUCUCUUUGUUCUAGGCUUCAUUGACUGGUAGUUUGUUGUCUGUAAGGGACAAAAUCUCCCCAGAUUUUGUUAAUAUUAGGCCAAUGAUCAAUGUUUAGCUGUUCUGCAUUAUUAUUACCUUAUGAAAUGAUUUUAUAUGUAAAUGAGUAUAGGUUGGAGGAAUUUUCCUCUUUUUAUGUGUGCAUGAAUACCUCUGGAGAAUUUGGAUGCUGUCCCAGGAUGGAUGUCUCCAGCUUUGUCUCUUUGUUGUUAAAAAAUGCCCUUUAAGAUCUUCUGAUGCAAUAAUAAUACACACAGCUUUAGAUU